AUGGGCGCUUCAACAGAAUCAUCAUCUGCCUUUCCCCCCCCUCCUCCUCCUGAAGAUGCCGGCGCUCCUCCUCCCCCUCCAGAAUCCGGUGCUCCUCCGCCACCACCGGAUGUAUCUGCGCCUCCACCUCCGCCCGAAGACCUCCCCCCUCCUCCUCCUGAACCGCAAGUAAAGAAGAAGAAAGUGGGAUGGGGCGCAAAGCGUCCGGCGUCGACGCCAUUGAGUGUUGAAGAGCUAGUCCGGAAGAAGAGAGAGGCUGAUGCCGCCGCAGCUAAGCCGAAAUUCGUGUCUAAGGCGGAACGCGAACGACUCGCUUUAGAGAAGCGCGCAAAAGACGUCGACGCACAGCGACGGGUGAACAACAAGUCAAAUGGAACACCUAACGGGCUGGAUAAUGGAAUGGACUUGGAUAUGCCGUCUACGGGCUCCGAGACACCGAAUGGAGAUGCUAGGUCGAUCCCUACUGGUCCACGCGCGAUGAGGAACGGCGACGACCGGGCCCCGACUGGCCCAGCGACGAUGCGUUCGAAGAACGAGUCUGCCCAAUCGGGUGCUUCGAAGACAGAACGGAAGACGGGUAAGCAGCUGGAUGAUGAGGAUGAGGCCGUCGCGCAAGCGGCUCUCAUUAAGCAGAGGUAUAUGGGUGCAGACCAGACGUCGAAUUUCUCAGCAAAGAAAAAACGAAAGCGGACGACAGACAGGAAAUUCAAUUUCGAGUGGAAUGCAGAGGAGGAUACCAGUGGUGAUUAUAACCCGCUGUAUCAGCACCGACAUGAGGCCAAUUUCUUCGGACGCGGGCGUCUGGCUGGUUUUGGAGACGACGUGGCGGAUUCGGUUGCGCAGAAGUAUGCUCGGGCGUUGGAGGACCGUGAUCACGAAGCGGGCAGUAUUCGAGCAAGAGAGAUUCUGGAGAUGGAGCGGAGACGACGGGAAGACAGCACGCGGAACCAACUGGACAAGCACUGGAGCGAGAAGAAACUGGAUCAUAUGCGCGAGAGAGACUGGCGUAUCUUCAAGGAAGAUUUCAACAUUGCUACCAAGGGUGGAACAGUACCGAACCCCAUGCGGUCAUGGGAUGAGUCCAACCUGCCGAAUCGACUUAUGGAGCUUGUUGACCGUGUUGGAUACAAGGAGCCGACGCCUAUUCAAAGAGCUGCUAUUCCUAUCGCUUUGCAGUCGCGCGAUCUCAUCGGUGUUGCCGUGACUGGUUCCGGUAAGACUGCAGCCUUCUUGCUCCCUCUUCUCGUUUAUAUUGCGGAGUUGCCCCGGAUAGACGAGUUCGAGUGGCGGAAAAACGACGGUCCAUAUGCGAUAGUUCUUGCACCCACCCGUGAAUUGGCCCAGCAGAUUGAGAUUGAAGCCAAGAAAUUCACGCAACCGCUGGGAUUCAACGUUGUCAGUAUUGUUGGUGGUCAUUCGCUUGAGGAACAGGCAUUCAGUCUACGAAAUGGUGCCGAGAUCAUCAUCGCCACGCCGGGUCGUCUGGUGGACUGCAUUGAGCGUCGCAUGUUGGUUCUUAGCCAGUGCUGCUACGUGAUUAUGGAUGAAGCCGAUCGUAUGAUCGAUCUUGGCUUCGAGGAACCGGUCAACAAGAUCCUCGAUGCUCUCCCAGUUACCAACGAGAAGCCCGAUUCGGAAGAAGCUGAGAAUUCCGCCGUUAUGAGCCGGCACCUCGGAGCAAAAGACCGUUAUCGGCAGACGAUGAUGUAUACAGCCACCAUGCCUACAGCCGUAGAACGUAUUGCGCGAAAGUACCUCCGACGACCAGCGAUCGUCACAAUUGGUGGUGUCGGUGAAGCUGUGGACACCGUCGAGCAGCGUGUUGAGAUGAUUGCCGGAGAAGACAAGCGGAAGAAGCGCCUGGGCGAGAUUCUCUCAUCAGGCGGUUUCCGGCCGCCCAUUAUCGUCUUCGUCAACAUCAAGCGAAACUGUGACGCCAUUGCCCGCGAAAUCAAGCAAUGGGGCUUCUCCUCCGUCACACUGCACGGAAGUAAAACGCAGGAUCAGCGUGAAGCCGCCCUGGCUUCCGUGCGUAACGGCUCCACUGACGUCCUGGUCGCCACGGAUCUGGCUGGUCGUGGUAUCGAUGUGCCAGACGUCAGUCUUGUUCUUAACUUCAACAUGGCUACCUCGAUUGAAAGCUACACCCAUCGUAUCGGUCGUACCGGUCGUGCCGGAAAGAGUGGUGUGGCUAUUACAUUCUUGGGUAAUGAGGACAACGACGUCAUGUAUGAUCUCAAGCAGAUGCUCAUCAAAUCGCCCAUCUCCCGGGUGCCGGAGGAACUGCGCAAGCACGAAGCCGCCCAAUCGAAGCCCACGCGCGGCGUGGGAAAGAAGAUCGAGGAGUCGUCCGGGUUUGGCGGUAAAGGCGGAUGGUAA